AUGACGGUGGCUGGAGGCGAAGUGGACAGUUGCAAGCCGCGCGUACCCCACAGACUCGACGGAGCGACGGGAAAUGUCUACGAAGAUAAAUCGGUUGGUGACGGUGGAGAGACUACGAUGCUGCCGCUUCAAAGGGUGACCGACCGAGACUCCGCUGCAGCCUCAGAGGUGUGCGACACAAGGCUAAACGCGGCGGCAGGCGCUGCGGCGUCCGCGGAGACCUCCUCACCGCCAGAUGGCAAACUCAACCGAGAUGACGACCUCUGCUGGGCGGCGCGCGAGGCUAGGGCCCAGACAGCUCCUGUUUUUUCGAGUGUCUCUGCGAACCGUCCUACUCUGGAUCCGCUGGUGAAGCCAGAAGACCACGAUCAGGUGCCUCCGAUGGCGCUAUGGAAGGGCAGCUUGCCCUCGGCGAAGAUCGCCCAAGGGUUCGCGCACUCCCCGCCCACGCCACGCACCCCUACGCUAGGAGGCGGCGCUGCUGCCGCGAGCCAUGGCUUAGCAGAAUGCAAAGCGGGAGAUGACCCAUUCCGCGGCUCCUGUGGCGCGGGCCCCGCUGCGGCGCUCGCAGCCGACGCCGCGGAAAAACAAAACAAUGGCGGCAAGGCAGCAGUGGCUGCUCUAGACCCGCAGAUGGAUGUGCAGUGCGCAGAGGCUCGAGCCGACGAGGCGGAACUAAUAGAGGUCCAGAAAGCCAUCAGCGAGAGUGAGAAGGGCGUUUUCUCCGCGUGCGAACUGAAAGACUCCGCGUCGUGCAUUUCGACUCUCGAGGGCGGCUCCAGUCGCCGUGUAGACGAAGGCCGCGCCAAGACUGUCGUUGCUGAGCGCCUGCAGCUGCCCAGCCACGACGAAGCCCGGAAUCUGGGGAAACUCGGGAAGGAGCUCGGACUGGAGGGUGGCGACACGACUAGAGCGAGUGAAACGACUGUUGAGCGUGAUGGUGCGAUUGCACUGCGGAGAGACAUUUUGAAGGCAUGCAGUGUGCAUGAUGAGGAACCACCUGGUGAGGUGUUCUGCCAGGCGAGCUCCAUGCCCCUUUCCGCGCCGCUAUAUGUCUCCAUCGCUUCCGCGAUUUCGAAUCUGAAGAAGCUUUCCACUGUUCCUAAGCCGCCACCGCUCGUCCGCGAUUUCGUCCGACAUGUGUUCAGAGCUCAGCUGGAUCAAGAGAAUCAGCUCCUAUUGCAGGUAUUCGUCGACGCUCUACCACGCUUGGAAACUGAACUUCAGCAAACCGACACGGCGGCGCCAGGGAGUGAGGCAGGUGUUUGGGGGUUGCCAGCAGCGUCUACGAACAAGACGAAAAGUUUGUCUCUACAACGCGUCCACGGAGAUAAGGAAUACGGAGGAAGGCGUACGUGCAAAGAUGUUUCUUGCACCACUGAGACAUGUCGGGCGUGCGGCAUCCAGUCGCUUGCUAUGUUCAAAGAGCGGGAGAAAGCGGGACACCUUGCCUUGCAGCUGAAGCACUACAUGCUGUCCAUUGUAUCGCACAUACAGCAGCGCGCAGAAGACGGAGCGUUGUCCUUCCACUCGCCGGGGGCAGCGCCUACUACCGACCCCACUGCGGACUCGCUGGCAAAGCAGAGUCCUUCAGCCAUUUUUGGAUUUCAUAAGAGGCAACUGUAUGGAGCGGAGAUCUCGCUCGUAUCGGCCGAUCAUCUGAUGAAAAUGGAUGAUAUGGGCGACUCUGGAACCAGUGCUAAGGCAGCGGCAGCUGUUCAUCACGCUGAAGGAGUCGGCGGACGCCGCGACGAAGGGUUCGUUUCAGUUGAAUCUAAGGCGACGCUGUCUGGUGCGGACGUGGCACUUUCAGCGCAGGGAAAAGGAAGUGACAGCCAAGAGAGUCUGCUUGGAAGCACGAGCGAUGCAGAGGCUGCGGCGCUCGUAGAGCUUACAAGCCAAGAGGAGGUCGACACGAAGUUGCCGUCCACGGGCGUCCCUUCAGGUAGCGAGGAACCGAAACUCCUGGUAGGCUGGCUUCUCGGCGCCGAGGAAGAGGUUCUUCGGGGUUUGCCAGCAUGCAUGGUUAACUAUCUCCUCGUGCUAACUGACAUGCUUGUUCUGUUGUGCAUCGAUCCUGCCGUCCUCGCGGCGACUGCGGCGGCGCAUGUCGGAAAGCUUCUUGUCAAGGACGAGAGCUGCGGACUAGAUGCAGCAUGCUCCACCGCAGACGCGUGCGGCACGACUGAGGCGGCGAAGAGGCAGUGCGGCCUGAACACAGAAGGCGGAGGACAGUGUGCGGACGCAGAGCGAGAGUCGAAUGCGACAGCCGGCGAUGAGGCUACGGGUCGGGUGCCAUCGCAGCCAACUCCCAAUGGAACGCUACCUGACGCCACUGUCCUCCUGGCUUCCGCUGAGUAUGAGGGGAAAGCCACGAUGAUUCGGGCGGCAAACGCUGUGCUUUCCGUCGCCUUGGAGCUGGCCACGCAGAGCGCAUACAGGAACUUGGGGGAGCUGUGGCAACUGUGCAGCGAAGAGGCCCGCGCGCCCCCCAGCGGUGACUGCGACGGGCACCUGCUGCUGCUGGAGCGUGCGCAUGGAGGGUACAGGUGCCAGGCUUCGGAGGCCGAGCGACAGGGUGACGCUGUUGCCGCAAGUAAAGAGUUCGCGCGGCGCCUUGCCGAGCAACUUGCUGCGGGCGGUCGGCGCGCGUCCGGCUCUGAGGGCUGCGACGCUGCGUUGAGAACUGGAGAUAAGGCCCUUCUCGCUGAGUCGCGAUCUCCUGACGGCGCCACCGAGGCACAGCAAAAUGCGUCUAUGGACGGCGAACCCAUUCUCUUUCUCGCCCCGCUGUACACGAGUAUGCUGCCGUCGUACCUGACCAGCGGCGGCAGACUGGAGGAGGACGCGACGGCAAAACCGUCCAAUUGGCUCUCUGAGAGAGCGGGCGAGGAGGAGCUGCACGGAGGCAGCGCCCAGGCUGCCCAUCUCGAUCGCUUCUCGUUCAGCUCAAGUAAAACUGGCAGCCAGGAUUGGCACCGUGACUCUCCCGGCGAUCUUAGCUCGUCGUGUGUGGAAGACUGUUCUCGGAGGCAGGCGGCUGAGCUUGGCGGGCGACGGUAUGGCGUGGCGGAACAUGGAGGCGCGGGUGUCGGGGAUAGCGAAUUCGCAGUGCCGUUCAGCAGGGGAAAGGUUACGUUCGGAACGGGAGAAAGCGCCGGUAGCCGGCACGGUAGCGGCCAAGCCGACGACGAUCUCGUGGGUCGACGUGGUGCUGCUCGGGAGGAGGUAGCGAGGGGUGGAGCGCGCGGCGGAGACGUUGGAGAGGCUGGCGGGCUAGCUGACGCGGAUGCCAGCGCGUGGCUGGCCGCGGGCUCGUGGCGGCGAGGAGAAAUACGGCAUGGUUCAUCUGCGAGACGAACUUGGUCUCAACCUUGCGUGCACUCUGCUGAUGGCUGUGAAGACUGUAACGCAGUUAGGGAAGGAGGCGACGAUGGCCAGGAACGUCGUCUGGGCGACGCAGACCCUCGACGAGGUCUUACUUACCAGACUGCAGCCUCUUAUCGUGCACCGGGGACCUCGGAAGGGAUCAGCGGUCGCGCUGCCCACCGGUCGCCAACACGAUUCGGGGACGGCGCAGGCGCUGGGGCAUUGCGCUCGGGCCUCGUAAUGGGGGAUCGCGGGGCAAGUCCGUUGUCGCCGCAUUCGCUUCUCUCGACUGGCGGCUUCGGUGAGCCAGUUUCGUCGUGUGUUGAUCUAGCAGAUUCCAGUAACUCCAACAGCAGGAUCCCGGGUUUAGGGAGCCGUUAUCCUUGCAGCCAGGCCGCCACUCGCCGAGGACUGGGCACGCUCCGGUCGAAGGACGCUUUGGGUCAUCAACAGGCAGGAGGGUUCAAGACAAUCCCUGGAGACGCCCGCACUUCCCAGCGCGCUAACGGGGGGCAGACUCCUAGGGAACACCACGGAUCUGUGGUCGCAGUUCACAGUACAGCGGGGAAAAAGGUGCUCACGCCGACAGCGCACUGCCGCACGCAGAGUGGGACAGGAGUUUCUCCAGGAUCACGCCAGCUUGCCAAGACAGAGGGCGGCGGAAGCAAGGGAGGUGCUGUCCCACAAGAUCACGGUGAAAGCGACACGUUUCACGAUACCCGGCGUCCGAUGCGAGGCGUUUAUUUCGACAAGACACAGAGAUCCUGGAUUGGAUCGUUCUACGAAGAUCGGCGUCAAAUAAAAAAACGUUUCAAAAUCGAUACCUACGGGUUCUAUGAAGCGCGCGCACUCGCUGUCGGCGUCCGCAUGACAUACGAGCGCCGGAUUCGCAGCAACGCAGAUACACCCUCAGGUUCCUCUCCUGGACCCGGGACUGACUCCCCUGCAUGCGUCGCCCGGACACCAACUGCAAGCCUGUCCACCCAACUGGAAGAUGACGCCAGAGCGUUCGAUGACACGCGGUCCUGCGUAAACCGCAGUAAGAAGGGUGUCCAAGGAAGCGGUCUUCCGCGACGCGCAGACGGAGAACUCAAGAAAGAGGAGAAGCGUAACUGCAUCGCAGCCAGCCCGGACGGCGCGAUCUGGCACGGGCAAAGUGGCCAUACCUUACACGAAAGUGAGGACAGGCUUGGAGGGCUGGGCGCCGACAGACGAACAACAGCAGAGCUGCUUCGGGCUAGAGCUCCGUGGGUGGAAGGUGGCAAAGACUGCAGCAGGAAGGAUGAGGACGACGGUGAGUCGGUCUGGAGGAUGCGUGGCGGCGAUGUGUGUGAGCAGUCGGCGGGAGCGGCGGGGAACGCUCGGGAAAGAUUCUCUCCGUAUCCAGGCGAUCGAAAACGUGACCGCGACGAGGACGAUGAGGGAGGUAGGGCGGCGCAAGCCCGGCGAAGGCAGGACAAUGCCACCGCCCAGGGAUCGUUUACAUCGCUCCGGACGUCGUAUAAAGCUGAGGAGCUUCUUGCCGCUUUUGGCGGUGCCCCCAAGAAUGAAGCACAUAGCUCUGGACGUGUUGAUAGAGAGCCACGCCAUGCCCUGGGUCAACAAGAAAGUGCACGAGCCAGGCAUCAGGCAGGCAUCGCAGAUGGCGCUGCGUCGGGCUACACAGCGUCGGAACUUCGUCAGGGCAACGAGACUGCACAUGGCGAGCUGUCUGGAUGGCUUGACGUGGAAAUGGAUUUGGGAGACCAUUAUGUUCGGACUCCUGCUGGAAGAGCCUUCAGUUAUCUGUCGGAAGCAGAUUCUGUCGAUAUUACCCGUAGUGCUCUCGGGGGAAGUGGGCUGCGAGAUGGCGUGCACGGGGUUGGGAUGAGAGCAGAUGCAGUUCAUGCACAGUACGAUCAACACUGGCGACGGGUCAAUGGAGACGAGGCAUGGCACGGCGUAGGAGCGGCCCGAGGACCAGAAGACGUCGCUGGACAAGACGGCGAGUACUCUGCCGCAGAUAUCCGCAGGUCGCGUGGAGCUGCCUUGACUGAUGAGCCAUCGUUUGGGUUCGACGUUUACAACUCGAGAGAAUCCAAGUCUGGGGAGAGUGAAGCACACAGAAGGGGAGGGGGGGAUCUCGAGACGCUGAUGGGGAGUGCUCAGGAUGAAGCGCUCAACGGGGGCGACUCGCUUGGAUCUCUCCCUGCUGGUGGCGACGAGCCCAGAGGUGCCGUGAGCAAUUGA